GUGCCGUUAUGUGGCCGACAAUAAUAACGGUUAAUACUACGGCUACAGUUAAACAUGAACAACGAAACGAUUAACAUGUCCGAGCCGGCCACGGGUACGGCUCUGCUAAGCAAAUCGAAUCCGGUUUUCUGCUGUUAUCUAUUCUGGAGCAGCCUGCUCAUACUCAAGAUGCUGUUGAUGUCCCUGUUGACGGCACGGCAGCGCAUCAAGACGAAAACCUUUGCCAAUCCGGAGGAUUUGCGUGUGGCCAAAACCAGCGAUGUCCGUUUCAAUGAUCCCAAUGUGGAGCGUGUGCGUCGCGCGCAUCGUAACGAUUUGGAGAAUGUGCUGCCAUUUUUGUUAAUGUCCCUGGCCUACGUGGCCUGCGGCCCCCACCCGCUGACCGCCAAGCUGCUGAUACGCAUUGGCGCCAGCGCGCGGCUGCUGCACACAAUUGUCUACGCAGUGCUGCCGCUGCCGCAGCCGACGCGCGCGCUCAGCUUCUUUAUAACGUUUGGCAUUGUGUGCUUCGAGGCGAUCUAUGUGCUCAUCGCUGCCGUUAAAUACAUCUAG